AUCUUUUAUUUAGCAUUCAAAAUAUUGUUUUGGCGAGAGCCUGCGUCUUUGUUAUUGUCGAAUAUUCAAUUUUUACGGAACGCGAAGAUGCUCUGAGGAGGCAGACGCCGGGUCUUUAUUUACAGCAGGAAGUCCGAAAAUAGAUGUGUUCUACGAGCUUUCAGGCGCUACGUGAGGUCCAGCAUCAGCGGAAUCUUCAGUUGGUCUACGACAACCGGUGGAGAAUUGUUAAACCUUGAAGAUGGAAUUCGCAACUAGAAAUGAAGCCAUCGACUCCUUCACAUCCGGAGAUCAGCGAGUUGAUGUCAUUGGCUACGUAGAAACAAUAAUUGAGAAACCCCCGACGCCAAUGGACAAUGUUCGGGUGAUGUUCACGUUGAACAAUAACCGCGGCAGAACACUUCUUAUAUGCGUUUGGAAUCAGGCGAGCAAAAUUCAUCCAGAAUGGAUCAAACCAAAUGCGAUUCUCCACAUUAUCAACGCCAGAUGCAAAAUAUUCGACGUUCCUUUCGUUCGUGACAACAUUAAUUCGCGAAUCAAUGGUGAGGCCUUCGAAAUUCACGUCAAUCAUCCCACUUCGAUCAUCAAAAAAAUCGGUGAUUUCAAUCCCGAGGAGUUGCCGAAGACAGUGCCUCCUACCAUCUUAUGGAAUCAAAUUCGUGAGUCUGAUGGACAGCUCGUACGUCUCAAGGGAUUUGUCAAGGGUGAAUUUGCAAAACUGAAACACUGCACUUAUGGAUCUAUCACUGAUGGCCGCAAGAAACUUAACAUUGUCCUGACAAACACUGAUGACAUUCAGCAUUUCAAAAUUGGUGAUCUUAUUGAGGUUGAGGGCACCAUCAACAUGAAGGGAUAUCGUGCCAAAUGGUACGGACGUGAUCCACCAGGAAUUGAGUUGAACGAGGCUUCGAAAAUCAAGAAGGUCGAUGUGGAUUUAUCUCUGCUUGAGGUCCUCUCCAUGGAUAUUACUCAAUAUCCUUAGAAGCCGACGGAAAACAUUUCGAGGAGUAAAUAAUGGCUUUCACCAGGACAUCUCAUAUGAAUAACCGUUUUGAACCUGAGGAUGCCUUCCUCAUUUAUGUCAUUUUUUAAGCCCUAGAUUGGUCUAGCAAUUCAUGAAAAACGAUACGCUGCAACCGCUUCUUCAUAGGAUGACCAGUCUACAACUAUUAUUAUUUUAUACCGAAUGAAAGUGUGUGUGAAUACCUAAUGAAUUUAAUUAAUCAAUAAAUGUUUUGUAUCAAAA